CUGAUGAUAGGGCUCAUCCGGUAAACAAAAAAGAAGUGGCCGACAACGUUUCAGAUCGCCGGCGGAGUCUCAGAUCCCCCACGUUACCAUCCUCCGAAGAUUGUAACUUUUCUACAAAUCUACGCUUUUGUACGUUGACUUCGAAAAACUGGUGGUUAUAAGUCAAAAUCUCUCUCUCUCUAUAUCUCUCGUCUUCUUUGCAGAAACCUUUUAUUCCGAUCCAAUAAAAACUCUACAAUGGCAGACACCACAGGAUCCGACAUGAAACCAGGUUCGUUUAUGUCGGAGAAAUCCGCAAAGAUCUUCGUCGCUGGACACAGAGGCUUGGUCGGAUCCGCAAUUGUCCGAAAACUCCAAGAAUCCGGUUUCACCAAUCUCCUCCUCCGAACACAUUCCGACCUCGAUCUCACUAACCAAGCCGACGUCGAAUCCUUCUUCUCCACAGAGAAGCCUGCUUACGUCAUCCUCGCCGCCGCCAAAGUCGGUGGGAUCCACGCCAACAACACCUACCCAGCCGACUUCAUCGCCGUCAAUCUCCAAAUCCAAACCAACGUGAUCCACUCCGCUUACACUAACGGCGUCAAGAAACUCCUCUUCCUCGGCUCCUCCUGCAUCUACCCCAAGUUCGCUCCUCAGCCCAUACCCGAAUCAGCUCUCCUCACCGGCCCACUCGAACCCACUAACGAGUGGUACGCCAUCGCCAAGAUCGCGGGGAUCAAGAUGUGUCAAGCGUACAGGAUUCAGCAUCAGUGGGAUGCUAUCUCCGGCAUGCCGACCAACCUCUACGGUCCGAACGAUAAUUUCCACCCUGAGAAUUCUCAUGUGCUGCCCGCUCUGAUGAGGAGGUUUCACGAAGCUAAGGUUAAUAAUGCUGAGGAAGUUGUGGUGUGGGGAAGUGGGAGUCCGUUGAGGGAGUUUUUGCACGUUGAUGAUUUGGCUGAUGCUUGUGUGUUCUUGAUGGAGAAGUACAGUGGGUUUGAGCAUGUGAAUGUGGGGAGUGGUGUGGAAGUUACGAUCAAGGAGUUGGCUGAGUUGGUUAAGGAGGUUGUUGGGUUUGAAGGGAAGCUUGUUUGGGAUUGUACUAAGCCUGACGGGACGCCGAGGAAGCUGAUGGAUAGCUCGAAGCUCGCGUCUUUGGGAUGGACGCCGAAGGUUUCUAUUAGAGAUGGUUUGCGCCAGACUUAUGAUUGGUAUUUGGAGAAUGUUGUGCAGAAGCAGCAGUAAAAAAAUGAAAAACCUUUCAGGUGAUUGAUUGCGUUUAAUGUUUUAUGGUUAUGCGUUUUGGCUUUACAUCUCUUCUAUCUAAUGUAAACUUUUAUAUUCAUGGAUAUCAUAUCAUAUACUAUGUUGAGAUUAUCAAUAAAAUCGAAUGCAUUCUACUUUUA